GAGAAAAGGUGAAAAGGGAUAUUUAUAAUUUACAAAAAUAACAUCUGGGUUGGUGUUUUCUUGUUUUAAUUUUUGAGUAUUUUGAGGUUGGUACAUCCGUACAUGUGCUUGUUAAAGGUGGCGAAUCCAAGAAAACCCAGUUACGAAUAUGUCAGAUUUACAGAUACAGGUGAUCCAGAAACCACUUCCAGCACCACCGCCGUCACAGAAGGUGGUGCUCAGCCUUAUGGGGAAUCCCAAUAUUUCUACGAAAUAAUCCAACAGCAAAUACAACAGGAGGAAGCUGAUAAUUAUUUGCCGAUGUUUAGAGGAUACAGUCAGACGAGAGAGAUGUCAGCGAUGGUGACAGCGCUGACAGAUGUGGUAUCAGGUCAGAAUUACAGACCCAAUAUGAGUGGUGCUAUUACGUCGUCGUUUGGUGGUGGUUCAUCUGGGGUUUAUUAUUCAGCAAAUUCGCCGUCUUCAGCAUAUUCUUCAUCUAGUUCAGGGUCUAGAAAGAGAAGCCGUGAUCAAGAAGAAAGCGAACAAAGUCAUCAUGGGGUUUAUGGAGGGUUUGGAGAAUUUAGAGGUGGCAUGCCAAGUUCCUCUGUUAAAGCUGAAGAAGCUACAAGUAUGGUGGCACCAUCAAACACCACAAUUUCCACUGUAACAACCGUUCCAUCUUUCACAACAACCACCACGACCACAACAACCACAACAGCAGCAGCACCGACCGCUUCAAGCGAAGAGACCGGAGAGAGGAGGAGGAGAUACAGAGGAGUAAGACAAAGACCGUGGGGAAAAUGGGCAGCCGAAAUAAGAGAUCCUCAUAAAGCAGCAAGAGUUUGGUUAGGCACAUUUGAUACAGCAGAAGCAGCAGCAAGAGCAUAUGAUGAAGCUGCUUUAAGAUUUAGAGGCAAUAGAGCUAAACUAAACUUCCCUGAAAAUGUCAGAUUAUUACAACAACAACAACAACCACAAAUUCAAACUACUUCUUCAACUCAACCUACUACAACAAGAUUUGCUAUUUCUAGUUCCUCAUCAACUACAUCACCUCAAUUUCCACCACAAUAUAUGGCUCCAAUAUAUCAACAGUAUCAGCCUAUGCAGAGUUCAGAUAUGACAAGAGAUUAUUGGGAAUAUUCACAGUUACUACAAAAUCCUGGUGAUUUUUCUGAUCAACAGCCUUCAAACUUGUUAGAGCAAAUGUUUUUGGCUUCAUCAAUGGCUGUGUUGCAUUCAAACACAUAUCCUUCUUCUUCAUCAUCAUCAUUAGCUACUACCACUUCAUAUCCCCUGCUAUUUUCUAAUUAUAAUUACAGGCCGCAAACUAAUCAAAUUCAAGGAAGCAACAACAGUAGCAGCAAUAGCAGCAGCUCCAAUUUUUCUGCACCAUUUUGGAGUAGUAGCUCAAGCCAAUAUCCACCAUCUUCUAGCUAAAUUCUUAAUUUUUUUUGGGUAGUUUUUUCAUAUAAAAAUUUCUCUU